AGUUAUAUUAUUGCGCCUGGUGGAGAAGUCAUUACGUCACGACCAGUGACAGUUGGUGAUUUUGGAAAUGGAAGGGAGCCCGGAUUGGUGAAUUAUGGAGCAUGUUUCCGUCGGGUCCUCGCAGGCCAGCGUGCUCUCCGCAGCCAUGUAAAAAAAGUGAUGCCCUGCGAAAGACUAGAAGAUUGCAGGCGAGAAUGCGCCGAGGAAAGAAGGUUCCACUGCGAGAGCUUCAACUACAGACUGGACCCUUCCUUCCGCGGCAAAGGUCUCUGCGAGCUGAUGACAAAGCCAAUCGAAGCUUUCGACAUUCGAAGAGACUUCGUCGAAGACAAGAACUACGACUUUUAUGAAAUCGACCGUAAUAGCUUGGAACCCUAUUGCCCUGAAACGCUGAGGGGACCAGGGUUAUUGCAUUCUGGGUUUUUGUCUUCAAAACCUUCGUCGGCUAUGGGAGAACACCAAGACUGGGGAGAAAGAAUGGAUUGGAACUCUAGAAGCUACAACAGGUUCUACGACGACAGAAGAGGUAACAGAUAUAACAGAAGACGGUACGAGGACCAGUUCUUUGUGCCGUACCAGAUUGGUAUGGCACGGACAAAUGACGAUCAAGAAACAUGGGGACAAUACGGAGGUUUCUAUGGUGGAAACACUUAUUAUAAAAACAGAAAUGACUAUCACAAAUCUCUGAAUCAUUGGCGUUUGAAUGACAUCGAUCCAACCUUUGGAGUCAAGCCUCACUACAACCAGGGUUUCAACUAUUACAACCUGAUUAAAGAAUCUUGGGCACCAGGAGGACAUAACCGAUAUGGAGAUUUCAGACAUUGGAAAAGAGGUAGAUGGAGUGACCCUGGGAUUUCGACUGGUCUGGAUUAUGGAGAGUCAAAUUACUAUAAGAAAACUCAUACUCAUUAUUACGGACGGGAAGUAGGGGAUGAUGAUGAUGUUGCUGUCAAAGAUUGUUCAUCUCGUCGUCGCCCGGGAAUGUCCCUUGGGUCUGGAGCGAUCAGGAGAUCUCUAUAUGCAGAGAACGUUGUCGAGUGCGAAGCUGCUUGUUUUAAUGAAAGGGAGUUCAAAUGCGUGUCAUACAGCUACAGGUAUUCAACAUCACACGGUUCAGACAACUGCUAUCUCAGUGAAAGACCUUACCGAGGACUGGAAUUGUCAGCCGACAGCAGCUCGGAUGUUUACGCCAUGCCUCAGGACCAAGGAUGCUCCAGUAUCAGCACGAAACCUUGGGUUGAAAGUGAAUGUUUCUGGCACGUGCGAUCCGGCGCGGUGGUGAGUGGUACAAACGUCCGAGCAGCUUUGACCGUCGCCGGGCUGGGAGCUUGUGAAGCUGAGUGUAUCCGAUCUCAUGCUUUCUUUUGCAGGGGCUUUAGUUUUAGAUUCGACUCCCUAACAAUAGGGGACGACAUAGAGAAUUGUAUCCUAACGUCAUCACCACCGACAUCAUUGGACUUUGAUCGAGGACUAAAGCCCAAUCGAGGACAUGAGCUUUAUGCUAGAGGGAACUAUGGAAGAGGGUGCGAACCGGCGUUGUAUGACGAUGUGCAUCAUAGGGAAUCUGGAGAAUGCUACCUUCAAUACGACAACGCAGCAAAGCUGAGAGGUGCAGCAGUCAAAGGCCAGACUAAAGCCAAAGACGAGCAAUCGUGUGGUCAGGCGUGUACCGACGCACCAUUUAGAUGCUUAAGUUUCUCUUUCAACAACAACGCCUCUCCAGACAAAGACAACUGUUUCCUCUCAGAAAUCCGUUUGUUCGAUCUUCAACGCGGUAUUGAUUAUGAGCAUAGCGAAGACCACUGGUUGUUCGCCUUCGAUUUGUUCAAUGGACAGUGUUGGAGGAAGGUACAUGGCAGAAGUGACAAUGAUCAACCCGUUCCGGAACUACCACGUCCGCUGACUCCACCACCUGAAGAUUCUUUCCCGGGAUCAGGUCCUUCUGGACCACCCGGAUAUUUACCAGGUCCAAGAGAACCACCGUACAUACCAGAUUCUGGCCCUCCCAGUGGUCCAGGCUACCCUAAGCCGGAGUACGGGCCUCCUCGGAAACCAUACCCGGUCUACCCGGAUUCAGCGCCCGGAUAUCCCUCCGGACCGGCUAAACCAGGUUACCUACCAGUUCCUGUUCCUGGUCAUCAACCUGGCUACCGACCAGACCCAGAUUAUAGACCAAACUAUCCACCAAGCGGACCAAUCGGGCCGAGCGAUGGGUACAGUCCAGAUUUUACUGGCCCGAGUGGACCUGUAAAGCCUGGGUUUCCAGAGGUCAGUGGUCCUGGUUAUCCAGGUAAACCAGGUAGACCUGGUUAUCCAGGAACACCAAUGAGACCCGGUUAUCCUGGAAGACCAAACCGACCUGGUUAUCCUGUGGAUAGGGAAGAACCGAUCGCAGUAUCGUGGCUCCAUUACACGGUGUCCGGGUUCCCCUGCCGGAAAGGAACUACAUGCGCUCAAAACGUGGUAGCUGGACAUUGGGCAUGCGAGCCUGAAGGUGGAGAAAUUGGAUCUUGGGACUACUGCUGUGCGCCGACGCAUCGUUGUGGAUACAGCGAAGGUUUUCAUAAACCAUGGUGCUACGUAGGUCCAAAUGAGGACCAAUGGCGUCCAUGCAGUGAUAAGUAUUAUCCAUACCAUCAGCACAAUGUUCCACAUCCUUCACAACAAGGACAUAGAGAUGAUAGACCUCUCACGCGGCCGUAUCCAGUACGUCCGUACGACCGACCUCGUGAUGGUUACCUGCCCGAGGCCGACCGCAGAUACUGGGACGAUCUAUACGCUAACGGGCCGAGGGCUUAUUAUGACAAAUAUGGAAACCCUCUACCAGGUUACUCCCGAGUGCCAAUGGAAGACCGACCUUACAUCAAAUACCAUCGGAACUACCCACGACCAGGAUCAGGUCAGUGGGUACCAGUGCAUUCUCCUCAUCAACCUGGUUUGGAACCGCCUGUGCCAGGUGGACUUGGGAUACCGAGGUAUUGGCCGGUAGCCUACCUACAUAAAGGUCCACCUCCAAACAUAACUUACUUCCGUUACAACGAUACCGACGGCCCCACCACUGAGAGAAAACCUGACGUACCAACAGUACCACCUGCUGCUCCAUUACCACCUAGAGAAGGUCCACCACCAGAUUUUAGUACCGAUAAACCAGGCAGACAAAAUAAUAACAACAACAUUGAUAAACAUAGAGCUGAAAAAACUAGAAAUAUCACAAAUAUCAACGACAGUAUUUUUAGUAUAAACUUAGAUAAGGUUGACAAUGCUACUACUACUUCGAAAAUUGAUGUUAAGGAGAUUACUGAGCGUAUAGAUGACAAAAAACAAGAAUUAGAUGAAAAGAAAGAUGAUACGCCCGAAGUAGAAACCAAAACUGAGAAUAUUAAACAGAAAGAUGAUCCAAAAGGUAUAGAUUCAAAGUUAGGAGAUUUUACGUCGUCUAUAGAAGUAUUAGACAUUGAAGAUGCUAAAACGGGAGAAAAGAAUGCAGAUUUAAAAACUCUUGAAGCUGAAGAGAGGCAGAUCGAAGCUAUAGGCAGACUGUUAGCCUCAAAACGCGGUCAAAAACUUAUAAUUGAAAAACGGUCACAAAAAGAGUUAGAAUCGAAAAGUAUUGCUCUAGACAAGGACCUAGUAGACUUUAAUUUUGGUAAUAAAUUUCCGACUGCAGAAAGACGAGGUACUGUACAAAAAGUGACUAAAGACGAAAUCGAAAGAGACAGACAUAUAGACAGGAGCUUGGAAGUAAGUGAGACAACGUUUGUUAGACCUCCUAGGGUUCUGAGCACUACGGAAAAUGUACGAAAAGCUAUUGUUAAUGGCAAAGUGUUUUAUAGCGCUUCUGUACGAGAUCCAAAAGAAUUUUUUUCUAGUACUAACUCUACUAGAAAGUAUAAAAGUCUCAGGCCGUUGGAGGAGAGGGCUCCUUCAGUGAUAACUAAUAACAAUUAUGGAAAGAAAAAGGUAAUAAGAGCAAGAAACGUGACUCCAGUGAAUCCUGUGAGAAAAGUUAGAAGAGUUUAUAGACGAAAAUACAACCCUGAAGAGGUUAGACGGCGGCUGUUGGAAAGAGAGAGAAGUUUAAAAGAGAAAGAUGCAAGUAGUAAGGUUUAAGAGAUAUCUAAGUUUAAUUUUGCGAAAGAUUCUGUCACAAUGCACUGGUAUCUUAAAAAAAGGUUGUGAGUGCAACAAACUAAAUAUUAGGGCUUUCAGUUUUGCUGCUUUUCAGACUAAAGGAGAUUUUAUUUAAAAACGAGAUUCCAGACUAUUUCAUCGAUAUCAAAAGUUUGUGGAAAUACAUCUAUUUGCCAAGUUUUAUUGGAAUGGGUUAAAGUGGAUGAAAUCUAAGAACACAUAUUGUUCCCCUAAUUUGCUACCCUUAAAGGUGGAAUAUUUUUUUCAAAUUUGGAUGCCACCACUACUGAGGUACCUAGUACCUUAAGACUUUAUACAAACUCAAAUGGCUUUGGUUGAUUCCACAGUGGAAGUGUUGAAUUGAGUAUAUACACUGAUUGAAAAUUUCACGAUAGAAAAAAACAUAAACUUACUUCGA